AUGGCUGGCUAUUCAUUAUUCCUAGGCUUUAUCAUUCCCGUGGCAGGAUGGGUUUUGUACGUGCUGUAUUGUUUGGCUGUCAACUACAAUCUAGCUAGGAAGACAGGUCUACCCCUCGUGAUCUUGCCCAUCGAUUCCGGUAAUCCUCUUUGGAUGGCCGUUGAUACAAAAAUUCUACCAUACUUCAAAAAUCUACCUUUCACCAAAAACUUUACCCGUUUCAAUUAUCGAGGAUGGGAAAUUCACGAUCGAUUCAGAGCGCAUCAGGAGAUAGGCGAUGCAUUUAUCCUCGUGACGCCCGGGAAGAAUUGGUUACAGCUUUGCAAUGCAGAGACUCUAAUCGACAUCAAUGCCCGUAGUAGGGAAUUUACCAGGCCAACGGAGAUGCUAGCGAUGUUAAACGUCUUUGGACCUAAUCUUGGGACAACGGAAGGAGCUCAAUGGCAGCGUCAUCGCAAAAUCACAGCCACAUGUUUCAAUGAGAACAACAAUGAAAUUGUAUGGGCAGAAGUAAUUCGUCAAGCAACCGGAAUGCGAAAGUAUUGGUCAUCAAAAUCUUCAAUCAAUACUAUUGGCGAUGAUGUACGAACACUGUCAUUACACGUCAUGUCUAGUGCUGGUUUUGGGAAAUCAUAUCCGUAUCAAGGAGCAGAGGAAGAGUCUAGUACUCAAGGCUCUGCUAAUAUCAGAGAUGCAUUGAAGUUGAUAUUGGAUAAUUGUAUCGCUUUGGUUGCUCUAGGUCCCAAAAAUUUGGAUAAAUGGUGGUUACCAAAAAGUUGGAAACCUCUUCAUGAUGCAACCGUCACAUUCCAGAACUACAUGACAAAUGCAUAUGAAGAAGGGAAAAAAGCUGCAGCGGAUGGAAGCACACACGGGAAUAAUCUGAUGACUUCACUUGUACGUGCGUCUCAAGCGGAGAGCAAGGAAGCAUCGAGUCAGGGUGGCUUGACAGAGCAAGAAAUUUAUGGAAAUAUUUUCGUAUUCAAUUUUGCUGGUCAUGAUACCACUGCCAACACAUUAGCUUUUGGUAUUGCGUUAAUUGCUACUCGUCCUGAUGUUCAAGAUUGGAUUGCAGAGGAGAUUAACGAAGUAUUCGGUGAUCAAGAACCAGAAACUUCAAACUAUGCAGAGAUAUUUCCACGUUUGAAGCGCUGUCUCGCUGUGACAUACGAAACAGUACGUCUCUACACACCAGUAGCCAUCGUCAAAACCAGUGGUCCCGAACCCCGAGAACUCAAAGUCAACGACUCAACUCACGUGCUUCCACCACACACCAUGAUCAUACCCAGUUACUCAGCCAUGCAUACACAUCCCCGACACUGGGGAUCUAAUUCCCUUGCCUGGGAACCUUCACGUUGGAUCAUACCCGCUUCGACUUCUCCAUCUGACACCGCACUUGCAUCACCUCCAUCUCAACCAAAUACUUCAAACCUCGCUACUGAAACAUUCCUCGAGUUCCCAAAAGCUUCUAAUCCAUUUAUUGCCUGGUCAGGCGGCGCUCGUGUUUGUCCUGGGAAGAAAUUCUCCCAAGUCGAAUUUGUAGGUGUAUUGGUGGGAUUGUUUAAGGAUUAUAGGGUUAAACCUGUACAGCUUGAGGGAGAGAGUGAGAAAGAGGCGAUAGAGAGGUUGAAGGGGUUGAUUAAGGAGGAUACGGGGUUUAGAUUGUUGUUGCAGUUGUUACAUCCCGAGAGGAUGUUUUUCAAAUGGGAGAAGAGAGUUUGA